GGCGGGUAGGCUUUGGAGAAGGGCCGAGGCCGGUGUCGUCAUGGCGAGGGGCCGGGCGGUGAGCAACUGGAAACUCAUCUGCGCUCUGGCCAGGACAGAGGCCAUUCUCUCCCUGACUGCUGUGACUUGCAGGCUCUCCGGGGCCCUGAGGACCUGAAAGGUCCACUCGCAGGUGUACUAAAAGCCCCCACUUUUCCCCAUGGACGCCCAGAACGCCAGCCCAGCCGACCCCAAUCUCAGCGGAAUGAGCUUCUCGCUCACGUUCUCGGAGCUGGUCAACAUCGCCCUCCCGCAGUGCGGGGUGCUGAACUUCAAGGCCCUGCACCUCCUGCUGCAGGGUAUCCUGGAGCACAUCCACAUGGCUGAACUCAAGAAGGUCCUCCCGGGGGACGAGGACUUCCUCCAGACCCCACAGGCCGCGUCCACGCCCCGGGAGGGAGACGUCCAGCCCAUCCUCAACCCCAUGAAGAGGCUCUGCAGCGUUUUCGACCAGGUGGUGAGCCGCGUGGACAGGAUGGAGAGCCAGCUGGCCCUGCUGCAGGAUCUGCCCUCCACCUCCCAGCUGCUGGAGGGCAGCAAGGGCACCGGCCAGCCCGCCCAGGACCUGUGGCAACAGAUAAAGCUCCGCAAGAUGGUGGAGGGCAAUGAGGAAGCCGUGGCCAAGUCCAUGAAGACCCUGCAGGAUUUGCUCACUGAUAUUUAUGCACUCAAGGUCACCAUCGAAACCCUUAAGAAGGAUGUGGCCAUGCUGAAGGUCAUCGUUGGCAAGAUACGUCCUGAAAGAAUAGACACUUUCUCUGAAGAUUUGAAAGGGCAGAACCGGAAGAUGAGUGUGCUGCAGGAGGAAGUGAUUUCCCUGCAGAGCAGGAUCGUCACCAUCCCCAAGCCUGAGGACGUGGUGCUCUGGAGCAGCCUCCACGAGGCCAUGUUCACCCCGGGAACAGCUCCCCCGAUGGUGGAUGAUGCCGACCUGUGGCGGAUUGCGGGACACGUCCCAGAAAUGGACCUCCGGACACCCGAGCGCUACAAGGCAGCGAGUCCCAGCCGGGUCUCUGAGGCCAUCCGGCACCCCCGGCUCCUGGAGAGCGUCUGGCAUUACCAGGUCCCGGGGCAGCUACCGGAGGAAGAGUCUCCCCAAGAAGUUCCACUCAGCAAGGCCCAGGAGCGGGAGCAGCCCCAGACGCUCGAGCCUGGGCCCAGGCCUGGACCUGGGCCUGCACCAGGUCCUCAGCCCACACCAGCAGGAUCCUGGCCUGUACCACCACGUGACUGGCCUCCUCCCAGAGACUUGAUGGGGACCAGCACUGGGCCUUUCUGGGGCUUAGGUUACUUCCAGCCUGGCCUGGGCCCGCCAGGCUCCCUGCCUGCCCAGCUCUGGGGCUCUGGGGCCCCACCCCCAGCCGUGGAGCUGGGUUCUGCUUGGCCUCGCUCACUGUGGUCACGGUAUCGCCAGGCAGAGACUCCCAGGCUCUCGUCUGUCUCAGAAAAGACGGAAGAGCGUGACUCUGCGGAAGUAGGUGUCCCUCAGGACAGAGCCCCGAGGGAUGGGACCCCCAAGGAGGCCCUCUCUGAGGGACCCCAGUCUGACCUUCAGCGGCUCAAAUCCAGUGCUGCUGCUGCGGCUGCCGCGGCCGCCACCUAUGCAGCUGCAGCGACAUCAGCAGCCCGGGCAGCUAAGGCUGCUGCCAGGCUGGUCAGGGACACCCCUGCCACCAAAUUGCCCACCAUAGCAACAGCCACGGCCACAUCUGGGCCCUCAGGGGUCCCGGGAGACAUCCAGGGCACAGGGUCCCCCCGCGGGGCCUCCAGCUCUGUGGCCUUCACCGAUGACGGUGAGCCGGAACACCUGCGAGAGAUGGACUACGAGGAAAUCCUCUCCCCUUCGUUGUCUCCGCCCGGCAUGGCCCUGUCCCAGGCCAUGCUGGCUGCCAAACAGGCCACAACCCCUGAAGACAAGAAGAAGGCCGUCAGGUCCUCCAUGAACCACAUGGCCUGGAUGCCCGUUAGACACGACUCCCUGAAAGGAGAGCUUGCUCAGCUGUCAGCCAGCCUAGAGCAGCGCAUGACUUACCUAGCUAAUAUGGGAGCCUCUUCCAAGCUUGGGACAACAGUAGACGUACUGCAGGAGAAGAUUGGCAUCCUCCAGAAAUCCAGGAUGAGGGAGGAAGAACUUGAGAGGAUUUGGGGCCACCAAAUUGAGAUGAUCAAGGACCACCACGUGGUGCUGGACAGGGCAGUGGACAAGCUCCAGACCCGCUUGGAUGAGUUAAAGGUCAUCCAUUCUCAAAUUAAAAACCUAGAAAUAUACAAGGCAGAUAAAACUGUGAUGGAGCAGGAGCUAAAAGAGAAAGCUGACAGGAGCACCCUGGCAAGCAAGGCGAGCCGGGCUGACCUGGACACGAUGUCGAUGGAGCUGAACGAGAUGAUUCAGGGGAUGCUGUUCCGGGUCAUGGCCAACGAGGAUGACUGGAAGAAGGCUGUGGCUCAGCUGGGCAAGGACCUACGCACCAAAGAAGCUGUUCGAGCGGGUGAAAUGCAUCUCCUGCGACCGGCCCGUGGAGAUGAUGACCGCCCCGCCACUUGUCACCGUCCGCAAUGCCCACCUGCUGUCGCGGCUGCGGCCGGCCAGCGCCAACAGCUACGAGUACCUGCAGCGGCAACAGAUGAGCAGGCCCCAGGCCCGCCCAGCUGCAUCGUCCCGACUCCAGCUGGAAGAAACGCCAGUCUUCCCUCCCUCCUGGCUCCUCUGAGAGGAGGGGUCUCCAGGUGGCUGCUGACCCCACUGCUUCUCCCCAGGGAACAGCAGCGGCUGCAGAAGCUGCAGAGCCUUGGAGCCCAGGAGAGGAGUCUGGACUUGCUGGGCUCCCAGCAGGACUGGGGUGAUAGCCCCAGAAACGAUGCCAAUCUGAAGUUCAAGUCAUGCAACCUGUCGACGCUCUACCCCUACGGGGACCCCGAGUUGUUGAACUAUGACACCGCCGAGGUGGACAUCCUGGGAGUGGAUGGGAUCCUGUACAAGGGUCGAAUGAGCAACAAAGACCGGCCGCGGCUAGCGACUGGGGCCGAGAAGGAGCUGGCAGCCGUGAAAGCUCCACGUCCCCCGGCUCAAAACCCGAGCGAGGGUGUGCGCCCGGGAGACUUGCUCGGAGCCGUCUACCCCUGUGAGUACCUGUUCCCACCUCCCGGGGAGUCUGGCGGGUAUCUGGUGAGCCCCAGCCUGGCUCUCUCCUGCCCCACCUCCUCCAUCUCUCACCUGCUCUGCCCGGGCCUGGGCUGGACCAGGUCCCUUGAGGGGCCCCCACCCAGCACUCGGCACCCAGCGCCCUGGCCAGGGCGUCCAGGCAUCCUGGGAUCUAGCUUCACCCUUCAGCCAGUGCACCCUUCGGCUGGACCAGGCACCUGUCCCCAGGUGUCUAGCCGGCUGCAGGGGUGGGACAUGGGGGCCCCGUUCAUUCCCUUGGGUGUCUGUGCUGGGGACCCAUGAGCCAGGUUUGGGAUAAGUGAGCCCCGCCUCCCUGGCUUGACAUCACCGUGCGCCAGGCAUCCGCGAGUGCGUUCCAGCACACAAGGCACCUCCUCCCCUCUUAUCUCGCCCAGUCCUUGCCCUGCUUGCCCAUUUUAAAGCAAGGAGGGAGUUCCCUGGGGGCCUAGCAGUUAAGGAUUUGGCAUUGUCACUGCUGCAGUGCAGGUUCCAUCCCUGGCCCAGGAACUUCUGCAUGCCAUGGGCUGAGGCACAGCGACUUGGAGCUGGGGAGUCAGAGCUGGGCUGGAGCCGAGGUCCUGGACCCCAAACCAAACCCUGCGUCCUCUCGGGUCCCUGUGUUAGGCCCCACCUCUCUGGUUUCACUUCUCCUGGGCAGACACCACCACCUCCCCCCACAGCCAAGGUGUAAGUGCAGGGAGCCUGGGACUGGAGAUGGAGCACCUCCAGGCUUGGGGUGACCCUGGGGAGCCAGCCUCCCUCCCUAUUGUUUUUUUUUUUUUUUGU